AUGAGAGCCAGAUACCCUUUUUUUGGGCUGCUCAUCCUGCUGUGUGGAUCAUGUGUGAUCGCAUCAAAGUCAACGGAUGAGACAGCGUCGUCGUUGUUGCCAUUGGAAGCACGUAAUGUGGAUAUUUCUGGGGAGGAAGAUGUCAUCUCCAACAGCUAUGUGCUGCCCAAUCAGAUCUUCAAUGAUGGCAAACCCUAUUAUGCCAGACAGGAUCCCGUUUCGGGUCAACUGGACUUUACGGCCAAGAAACCAGCUGGCAUUGAGCCGGAAUUCAAUGAAGUGCUCAAUUCCCGGGAGAAGAUUGUAUUGAACGGCGGCUCCAGUCCAAACAUCCACGACUUUCUCAAUCUACCCGUUAAGUAUUCGUCAUCGAAGUUUGUUUAUCCCUUGGUCUCCAGCUCGUAUGCCAAUCUCAAGUACCAGGGCAGCAAUAAAAACUAUGUGACCAACAAGAAACCCACUUCGGUGGUGGCGCCUGUAACGGUGGUACCACCACGGUACAGUCAUAGUGAGCAUUAUUUACCGGUGACAACCACCAUCAAACUGACAGCGGUGACACCCACCGAAGCGGGUUAUUUCACCACCACCUCAACGAGGGGCUCCACUGUGAGUCCCACGACCAGGACAACGACCAGGACUACGCCCAGAACCACCCACAGCAGCAGCACCACCCGCAGCACCACGCCCAGCACAACCACUGUGCGGUACACGACCACAACACGUCGCACAGUGGGCACAGUGAGCUCCAGCACACAUGUGCCACCACCACGUUUGGUCACCACACGCAAGAAGUUUGUGCCGCUGAAGAAAACCACAUCAAAUCCAACAACAACAACGACAACUACAACAACAACAACAACGAGUCUUCCAUCGAGCACGACAGUUAACCACAAGUUGUUGGGCACAAAACCCACAUUGAGCAGCAAUGAGGUGAAGUUCACCACACAUCAUCCGACGCCACCAGCUGCCAUUUUCCCCACAGAUCCCACAACCACCACCAAAAUAUACACAACAAGCACGAGUCAGCCUGUGGUAUUUACAACGACAACAACGACGACGAGGAUACCCUUUAAAGAUGCCACAAAGUUGCCAAAUUUAGAUCCAGCGGAUGUUUAUCACACGCUGGAGCAGAGGAGGAAGGAGGAGCAGGUGGGACAGCAGGAGCAACAGGUGACAAAGCCAACGAUGACACUCAGUGACAUCUUCAACAGUCUGGCGGAGGAGGAGGUGGCUGUGGCCAACAACUACCAACAAAAUCAAGGCUUUGAUGCCCAAGGAAAUCUCAUAGAGCCCAUUGCACCAUCUCAACCAUCGCCAUUUGCGAUGCAGCCACAGUAUCCACUGAGACAAAAUCUUGGCCAGAAACCGGUGCAUCCGCUGGAUGCCAGUGUGGAGAGCUAUGGCAAUGAGUAUGUCUCGUAUCAGGUGCAACAGCCAAAUGUAAUGCAAUAUCGUCCCAUGCCGGGACAGAUUAACAAUGUGGUCAUCUCACCUGGUCAACAGUCGGCAUCCUUUGUCCUGGGCAGUCAACAGCAGGUGGGACAUUCGGCUCAUCAUGGCACAAUGGAGAAGGCACCGCUGUUUCCCAAGGAACCCAUUGCUCAGGUGCAAUAUGGCCAGGUGAUCAAUGAGGAUAUCGGCAACAUUAAGCGACCACAGCCCACACCACCAAGCAGUCACCAACAGAUGCCCAAUCUUCAGCAGGAGGCAACUCUUAAUGGAGUCGGAAUGGGAAUCGGAGUGGGAGCUACAGUUGGAGUGGCACCCGGCACCGCAUCUGGAGGCUAUCCACAACCACCGCCAGAGGCACCCACUCCCUAUCAGCAACUCCCUCUAAUUGGCUCCAAUUUGCGUCCCACAAAGAAGCAACCCACAAAAGUGUUGGACACCAUUUCAUCCGCUUCCGCCUCGAUCGCCAAACCGGCAGCAACUUUAAAUGAAGCACAGGACACCAAGGAACUGUUGGUCUCCACCAACAUACGUUUUCCCGCCAACGAUGAGGAGCAAUCCAUUGAGCAAUCCUCUCCUGGUGUACUGCCUGGUCCACCUGCCGGUCCCCAUAUCAAUGGACAUGCGCAACCCUUGAGUCUCCAGCAGAUUCAACAUGUCAAUCCUGUCGUCUUUCCCAAGCUGAACGACGACGAAUCCGUGCAGAUCCAACAGCAUGAGGUGCUCAACAUCAAUCAACAUCAGCAACAUCAACAACAACAACAGCAACAUCAACAACAACAGCAUAAGCAGCAAUUGACUUUCCCUGCCCAGACACAAGCUCAGAGUAACCAGGAGCAAGCAGGACCCUCGCAGGAGAUGCAACCACCGCCACCACGCUAUGCACCGCAAUCGCAACAACAAUCCCAACCACAAUCUGCUGCUGGCAAGCGUCCACAGUUCUACAAGGAAUUCGAUCGCAAGUCACAGGGUGUUCCACGUCCCAAUGCCAAUCUCAAUCUGCCGAAUAUAUUGCCACAGUUUCGUCCCAAUGCCAAGAUCUCCAAUGGUCACAAUCCGCACGUGAAGCAGGAGCCGGGAAAUAUCCGACUGAACCAACAUCAACAGGUUGGAGUCAAGAUGAACUAUAAUCCUGCGGGUGCGCCACAGUUUGCACAUCGUCAGCAGGAGAUCCAGAAGCGUUAUCCCAUGAAUCGCAUCUCGGAGUAUGGUCCAACAAAUGGCGCCCUGGAUGUGAAUAGACGCAUCUAUCGACUGCCGCCGCCAGGUGGCGUGCAACGCAUGGUGCCACAAAUGCGGGAUCGUCUCUAUGCCCGUAGACCCAAUCUGCCCAGUCUGCCCAAUCUGCCCAGUCUGCCCAAUUCUUCCAAUCUGCCCAAUCUGCCGCCAGCUCGCGCUGUUGAUGGUUAUCCGGCGGAGCGUCAUGCUCCCAUUGCUGAGGCUUAUAAGCUGAAUCCUGGUGAUCUCGAGGAUCUGGAGGAGGAGGAUCUGGUCAUCAAUGAUCCACCACAGGCCCCCAACAAGGAACGUCAGACAGCAAGUGAAUCCAAACUGGAAGCUGUCGUCACACUGCAAAUGCUGCAAUCCCAGAAGAAACCGAGCAGUAAUGCGGAAGAUACGGGAGCUGGUGAAAUACAGGUGACAGCUGAUAAUGAUGCCCAGGCAGACAACUAUGCGGCGUACACCAAAGAAGAGUCCAAUCCCAGCGAGAAUACCGAAUAUCAGAAUACACCAUUUUCGGUAAUACGCGAUCAGCCGCAGGAACCGAUCCUCAAGAACAAGAAACCGCAAUCCUUGCAGCAACAACAACAGCAGCACAAGGGACAACAACAGCUGAAGUUCCCAUAUGCCAUCGAGAAACCAGAUCCAUCCUAUACGGAACUGCAUCAGGCACAGGGACAGACAACUGUGCCCGGCGUCCUCAUUGCUCCUCGGAUCAUUAAUAGCGCCUUUAGCAGCGGCACCGAAUCACCCAUUGCCAUUGCCUAUACUCCCACGGAGCCCAAUCUACGCCAGCAAUCCAAUCCUCAUUCCCAGCUCCAUGGCGAAUCCCAAACGGAGCAAAUUUUAAAUAAUGAUUUCGAUUUGCGUGGUCACAACUAUGAGAAGAAUUUCAUGGCUCCGUUUUAUCCCAGCGCCAGUUUGGGCGCUGCUGCCACGCCCACCAACUGGAAGAUUGUCUCCGAUUCAGUUCCCGUUCCAGUUCCAGUUCCAGCUGCAACGCUUUACGAGAAGAACAGCAUUAAUCGUGCGGAUGUGACGACAUCUGCGGAAGAUAAAACUCCACAAUUGUCAGUCAAUAAUUCCACGGAUUUAACUACAGAAAAGUCUACGGAAUUGGACAGCUUUCAGCCGGAGUUGCAAGGCGGCUUCAAGCCAAUUUAUCCACCAAACUAUAGGCAAGUGGAGCAGGAGCAAGAGAAAGCACUGAGAGAAGAGAGUGUGCAGGCAGCAAAGAAACCUGUAGCUUUGGCUUUAACAGGAGCUCAGAUUUUAAGCACUGGAGUUAUAAGCUCCUCCAGUUCCAGCUCCAGCCAACAAACAACUGUCUCGACAACAACAACAACAACAACUGCUGCAACAACAAGCUCCACAACAACAACGACAACGAAAGCUCCUCAGCUUCUAGCCAGCAAUCCUACCAAGAAAUCCAGCUUUGAAACAAGCCUGGCCGCCUUACUUUUUGGCGAAGAUGAUGAAUUUGAGAAUGAAGCACGCAAAUCUGAAUCCCAAACUAAAUCCCAAACCGAAUCGGUUAAAACCGCCGCACCGUCUGGGCCAAGAAAUGUGGCCAGAAUGGGACCACGUAGUCUACGUAGCUAAGCAAUCUUAACUGGGCUAAAAACACCAACAAAUAGUAAAGCAAGUAUUUUGUCAAAAUACAAAAAAAACACAC